AAAUCAGCACCUGGUCCUCCACCCCGUAAAAACUCCAUCAUGUUAGGGAAACUACGACGAACACCGCUACCACGGACCUUUAGGUCUCGACGGAGGCAGACCGUCGAAACCUUUUGUCCCACCAGGGACUGCUUUUAUUUUAAUGCAUCGAUAAUAAUUAUCUACUAAUGUAGCCUAAUAUAUACAUCUCAGAAAGGGGUCAUUCUGCAUAAUGAAUACUUUUGAGGACUUUUACUUGUAACAGAGUAUGUUUACAUUGUGUUAUUGUGCUACUUCAACUGAAGUAAAGGGUCUGAAUACUUCUUCCGUGUUUGACAGGUCAAAAUGUCCACUGUGAUGAAGGUCUAUUUGACGGAGCCUGAGAUUUGCAGUGAAGAAAGUAUGAAUUAAUUAAUGGCGGAAAAGCUGGCAGAAACUUCCGUGGUGCUUCUACAAAGUACUGAAUAAUAGGGUCUGAAAGUUUAUAUACACAUUUUUAAAAUUGUGUUUCAGUUUUCUAACGGUGUCAGGAUGGGGUAUUAAAAUGAAUCAGUUAGAAAAACUAUAACACAAUAAACUGUGGGAAUGGUGAUAGUCUGAAAACUUUCCAUACCCAGCGCAUAUUUGUUUUACAAACAGCAGCCUUGUGCUGGAUUACUACUUGGCACCAGUUUCACGCUGUGUUAUCUUGAAUCGCAAUCAUUUGCAGUGAUAGAGGCCCCCAAGUCUAGAUUUAGAAACAAGUCCCUUCCACAUGACAGCUUCAACACCAGAUUCAGAUAAUACUGUGCCUAAAAGCUACACAUCCCCAAAUGCAUUUGAUCAGAUUACCACAAACCAGCAGACACUUGGCGAACAUGGGGCUUUCGGGGACACUGGGGUCAGUUGUGCUCUUUGCCCGGUUUGCAGUCUAGCCUCGGCUAUUGUUCCAUGUGGCCUCGGUGGGUGGACGGACGGACGGUCCAUCCUGCUGCCUGUUGUUCCGCCAUUCCGCCAAUGAGAGCCCGGCUGCCGCUCGGUCCCAGUCCAAUGAGAGCAGCGGGGUCUGGGCUCGGAUCGAGAGUUGGGUUGUUCAAUCUGUGAGGAGGACAACAACCAGCUCUGAGUGUACCGGAUGGAUGGAUGUUGGCGAUGUCAAGGAAAACCCUCAAAGAGGAAAAAAACCCAAAACACCCUCAAGCACAUAAGGGAAGAAAGAAUGUACCUGUUGGUGCCGGUGGUGACGGUGGACAUGGAUGAUCAAGCUGCACAUUCCUGUUGAGUUCUCUGCAAAUGUUGUGAUGUGCUGUCCCAAACCUGAUCAAGCAAACUACUUUUACAAAUGAGUUGCAGCUUGGUUACAGGACGUGUGUCCUAUCACUGAGGCCACAUGUGUAUCUGGAGAGAUGGAUCGUUGUAAGCACGUGGGUCGCCUUCGUCUGGGCCACGACCAUUCCAUCCUCAAUCCACAAAAAUGGCACUGUGUCGACUGCAGCACCACCGAUUCAGUGUGGGCCUGCCUCAAGUGCUCCCACGUGGCCUGUGGACGUUUCAUGGAGGAGCACUCACUCAAACACUUUCAGGAGUCACACCACCCACUGGCUAUGGAGGUGCGUGAGCUGGAUGUCUUCUGUUUUGCCUGUGGAGACUAUGUACUCAAUGAUAACGCAGAGGGAGACCUCAAACUCCUCAGAGGGGCGCUCUCUACUGUUCGCAGCCCAGGUAGACGCUCACUACGCUCCACGACUGGGGAAGGGGGGCCACAGCCCGCCAUGCAGCUGGCCUUGCGUCACAGGAGGAAAGCACUUCUAGGGAGGAUGCUUCAGAUGUGGAUCAGCAAACAUCAGGAGCUGCAGAAUCAGCGUGAAGAGAAACUUGAGGAAGCUAGGAGACAAAAAAAAGAGGUAAAAAGGAGACUCAUGGAAGAGCUUGGCAAUGUCCCUCCCAGAAAGAGUGCUAGGCUUCUUACUCAGGCGCCACGUUCAACCAUCACACUCAUUCCUCGCAAAUUUCGCGACCCUCCAGAACGCCUACCUCCUCCUCCUCCUAAGAAGCCUUCCCUUCUAACCCUGUCCCGUAAGGCUCCUCAGAAUGGCAGAGCUGCUAAACUGAGGAGAUACUACUCAACACAUGCGGUAACCCGCCGGAGACUCGCUCCAGGUGUCACUGGUCUGCGCAACUUGGGGAACACAUGCUACAUGAACUCAAUAUUGCAAGUGCUGAGCCACCUGCAGAAAUUCAGGGAGUGUUUUCUCACUUUGGACCUGUGCGAGACUGAGGAGCUGCUGGCCAAGACCAAUCAUUCCCAGGGGAUGAAGGGGGUGACAGGAGGUGUAGUCAGCAGUGGUAACACAGCACUGUCAGGAUGCCCUCUUGGACGCAUGGGGAAGGCAGGCUGUUGGAAUUUGCCCGUGGGCAAAAAAGAAAGUGCCCCGCCUUCCCCACAGGCUGCAGAGUUGGUCCAGCCCAAGGAGCCUCGCUGCUCCACCCGCCAGCAGAUGUCUCUGUGCCAUGAGUUGCAUACACUUUUCAGGGUCAUGUGGUCAGGCCGGUGGUCUUUAGUGUCUCCCUUUGCCAUGCUGCACUCCGUGUGGAACCUCAUCCCAGCUUUCCGUGGGUAUGACCAGCAGGACGCCCAGGAGUUCUUGUGUGAGCUGCUGGACAAGGUGCAGCAGGAGCUGGACACAGAGGGGUCCAAACGCAGGAUAGUUAUCCCCAUCACAAAGAGGAAACUAUCCAAGCAAGUGCUAAAGGUUCUUAACACCAUCUUUCACGGGCAGUUACUCAGCCAGGUGACGUGUCUGUCCUGUAAGCACAAGUCUAACACAGUUGAGCCAUUCUGGGAUUUGUCUCUGGAGUUUCCAGAGCGAUACCACAGCAUAGACAAAGGCUCAGGCUCUACAGCUUACCAGCGCAGCUGCACCCUCACUGAGAUGCUGUCCAAGUUUACGGAGAUGGAGGCUCUCGAAGGCAGAAUCUAUGCCUGCAACCACUGCAACAAAAGAAGACGGAAAUCAUCCCACAAACCCUUAGUUCUGUCAGAGGCACGUAAGCAGCUUCUGAUCUACCGUUUACCUCAGGUUCUACGGCUGCACCUCAAACGCUUCAGAUGGUCGGGGCGGAACCAUAGGGAGAAAAUCGGCGUCCAUGUGGCCUUUGACCAAGUUCUAAACAUCAAACCAUACUGCUGCACAGGCUCAGGUCACUCUGUCCACAGAGGAGGCUACACCUACGAUCUGUCUGCUGUAGUUAUGCAUCACGGUAAAGGCUUCGGCUCAGGGCACUACACCGCAUACUGCUACAAUACAGAAGGAGGUUUCUGGGUCCACUGUAAUGACUCUGAGAUGAAGGUUUGCAGUGUGGAGGAAGUGUGCAACACUCAGGCCUAUAUUCUCUUCUAUACCCAGAGGUCUGCCUAGAUACCUCUUGCUGUGAUGUCGACCUGUACGUGGCAACUAAAGGCUGCAUUUAUGAAAAUGUUCUCUGAUGUUUUCCCAGAUGUAAUUAAACAAUCACUUUAAAAUAAUUUACUAAAAAAAGAUGGCAAUGAGGGCAGUAGGACAGCCACAAUCAUGAGUCAAGGUGAAAAUUUUAGCAGCGUAAUCCAGAUGAGAAAGAUGAUGAUGAAAAUGGUAUACACACUGUAAAGUUGCAAAGGAAACAACUGGUGAAUUUCAUUUAAAACGUUCUAAUGGACAUCUUUGGAUUGAUUUUAACAAAAAUAAAAAGAAAGAAAUCAAAAACCUUUUCAUAAAUGAGGCCACAGGUUUCUCAGCCUGUGGGACCAGCAUUUUGGUUAAUGGCCUGAAGACUGUGGCAGCAGGUCCGACUCUUUCCUGCUGAACACCAAGUUGUGUGUCUGUGUUUUUAGAAACAAUCAGGCUCGUGUCUGUUGAGUCUGGAACCAACCAGGCGCUCACCUGAGACAGCAUUUUACAUUCAAAGGCAACACAGAUUCUGGAUUCUAGACAAUAAUGUUGUUCAUGUGCAUUUUAUAUAAAACUAGAUUUGAUGCCAAUGCACUAAAUAUAAGAGGUACAUCUUUCAACAUCAUUGUAAAGUUUCACUUGAAUGAAAUUAAUCUUAGUGACAGAACCGACUAAAGUCCGGAGUCUGUGUUGCCUCCUGUUCAGCUUUUUUAAUUAUUGUGAAAUGUCAGUUCUGGAAACUUUUAAUACGCAUCCCUGUGUCAUUUGUAUUUCAUCAUGUCCUCUCCUCAAGUGCACUGCUGUGACUGGAUACUGUGUCCUGCGCUCUCAGUGAACAGGAAUUGUUUUUGUUUUUGUUUAUUUUGUAGUCAUUCUAUGUUUCACUUCCAUGAAAAGAAGCAAAAAGUACGAGUUUCAGACACUUGAUGAGCGAUGGAAAGCUGCACUUUUGAGGAGGGGCUACUAUUGUUGGUCCUAUUUUUGUGAUUGUUCAUCUUUUAGCUCCUGUAUCUUCUUUAAAUGGCAGCUCCCCCUGUGGUGUAACGGUUUUAGACUAGUCUGUGCCCGGGUUGGAGACGCUGCACCUGUGUUUUAACCGCAGGAGAUGGGAAAAUGAGUAAAAGGGCAGACUGCGAUACUGAAGAAUGUGUUUCUUUCUGGGAGACCUGGGGUACCCAUUUUGAGUUGAGCACCUGAAAGCAAUAUAUUGUACAUCUUGCAUCUUGACAGGAAAUUAAGAUAAAAUCAGGAAUUCUUCUGCUUGUUAUACAAUGUUUUUUUUCUACUCUGCUGUUUCUAUCAAGGUCUUUAGAAUUUCCUAGUUAAUCAAGAAAAACUGUUGUGUUUGAUACGAGUCAAAUGCAAAAUACAUUUGUGAACUCUGUAAAAGUUGGAACAAUCUAAUGACGAUGAAUGUCUUACUUUUUAGUGGUCAGGUGUGGCGAUGCCACUGCCUCUGAUCCCCUUGAGUUCUGUCUUGUACUGUAAGAAUACCUGUCAUAAAUGUAUUGGUCAUAUGGGUUUUGCCUGACAGUAAUUAUUAAAAAGACAAAGCAAAUUUGAAA